AUGGCGGCCCAACAGGAUGGUUUGGACUAUACUAAAACUUGGGUAGGAAAGCUGAAAGCCGGAGAGCUAGUUUUUACACUCCUAGCUGGUGCAUGCGGUUCUUCAGUUCUCUCCUAUGUCAACACUUGUAGCUGUGCCCUGAAGUUCAGCUUCUUCGUUACUGUUGCGUGGACUGCCUUCAUCAACGUCUUGAUCGACGUGAUAAUCCAUCUCCUUGGGCUGUGGGAACGACUUCUUUGGAUUUUUCGACACUCUGCGGUUCAUACAGUCCUGUGUGUGUUGGCAGGCAUUGGUUUUCUUAUCGGCUCCAGUCUAGCUGCCUCAUGUGCGAAAGAUGUGUGUGUAACACAAAAGAGUACCGCUGGGGCGGCUUCAUUCUUCGGCUUCGUCUGCUUGGCCUUGUUUGCUCUCGAGUGCUUCUUUCACUUCAAGGAGUACAGAAGCAUGCAAAGCGAAGCUCGUGAACAAUCUUCCGCGCAAGAUAAGCCGCCAGAUUACUAUAUCGAAGAAAAACCUACAAGUGGACCUGGAGUUGUGUGA